AUGAAGCGAGGGCAGCAAUGGCUGCUUGAGCAGAUCUUGUGCUCUUCUGUCUCAGAAGAAGGAUGCGAAGGAAAGGGGAUCGGUGUGGCUAGGGUUUUCGAAGGGAAGGAGGCCAGAAAAGAGUUCAGACGAGAAGCAGGACGUCGCAUGUGGUCCAGUGGUGUUUGCUUUGACGGGAGAAGAAGAGAUGUGCGAGAGGUGAGGCUGUUGUCUCGAUGGCUCACUGAAGCACCACUACAGCCAGUGGUUCAUGACAGAGGACGAAGAAACAGGUCGAGACCAAGAGACCCAACAAUGGGUCUCGAUUUUUGUUGA